AUGGCAUUGAUCUUCCUGCCUUUGCUGCUACUGCCAUUAGCCACCGCCUCUAACCCCUUGGUGAAGCCUGGCUGCCAGCCGCGAUGCGGCGGCGUCGACAUCCCCCACCCGUUCGGCAUCGGCGCCGGCUGCUUCCGACCGGGCUUCCAGAUCGACUGCCGCAACAGGAUCGGCGGCGGCCCCGCGCCGUUUCUGCCAGACGCCACCGUCCGGGUGGGUACGGCGCGCCCCAAGCCCGUGCGCGUGCUGAAGCUGAUGGUGACGCCGCGCGCGCAGGUCCGCGUGAAGCUGCGAGUGGCGCACCAGUGCUUCGACGCCGCCGGCAACGAGACCAGCCGCUUCGACGGCAGGAUGAAAGUCAACCCGGUGGGCGUGUACCGCAUCUCCAACACCGCGAACGAACUCUUCGUCCUGGGCUGCAGCACCUUCAUCUACGCCGGCAGGGGGAAGCUGGGGCUGAGGGAUAACGUAUCAUUGGCGUACUUCAGCGGGUGCGUGGCGUACUGCAACAGUGCAGGGAGCGCGCGGGAUGGCAAGUGCGCCGGCGUCGGCUGCUGCCGAGUCGAUAUCCCGGCGGCCCUCACCAACACCUAUAUGAGAUUCGGCAAUUGGCCGCACAAGGGCAUCGAGUUCAACCCCUGCAACUACGCGUUCAUCGUGGAGAAGAACCACUACACCUUCAAGGCUGCUGACCUGAAGAGAACGCCGGUGUCGCCCUGGACAAUGCCACUUUGGCUCGACUGGGCUAUCCGCAAUGGCAAUAACUCCUUGUCUUGCCCCCAGGCGAUAAUAACACCGGGAUACACCUGCGUGAGCAAGAACAGCAAGUGCGUGAACUCCACCAACGGGAUGGGGUAUACCUGCAACUGCGUCUCAGGCUACGAGGGCAAUCCAUAUCUUGACAACGGUUGUACAGAUAUCGAUGAGUGCAAGCACACAGAAACAUACCCAUGCUUUGGCAAAUGUACCAAUAUGAAUGGAUAUUUCGACUGCACAUGCCCACGAGGAUUCAAAGGCAAUGCGACCCUACCUAAUGGUUGUGUCAAGUCCAUAAACACAAGUUUAAUUAUUGGUCUAUCAGUUUCUAGUGGUCCAGCUAUGCUACUUUUGUUUUUGGGCUCGGUAUUAAUAAUCCGGAAGGUUAAGCAUGAGAAGGUUAAAAGGUUGAAACAAAAAUUCUUCAAUCAAAAUCGUGGAAAACUGUUGCAACAAUUGGUAUCCCAUAGGUCAGACAUUGCAGAGAGAAUGUUAAUACCUUUAAAGGAGCUAGAAAAGGCCACAAACAACUUCCAUCGAACCCGUAAGCUUGGUGGCGGAGGGCAUGGUACAGUAUACAAGGGAAUUUUGUCAGAUUUGCAUGUCGUGGCCAUCAAGAAGUCAAAUAUUGUGGUCAAGAGAGAAAUAAAUGAAUUUAUAAAUGAAGUUGCCAUACUCUCACAGAUCAAUCACAGGAAUAUUGUAAAGCUUAUUGGAUGUUGUCUCGAGACAGAAGUCCCUUUGUUGGCUUAUGAGUUCAUUUCAAAUGGAACCCUAUGCGAUUAUCUUCACAAGGAACCACGGAGAUCAAUACCUUGGGAAGACAGGUUACGGAUCGCAACAGAAAUUGGCAAAGCUCUUGCUUACCUUCACUCGGCUAUUUCUGUCCCUGUAAUACAUAGAGAUAUCAAGUCUGCCAAUAUACUUCUUGAUGAUGCCUUGACAACGAAGGUGUCUGACUUUGGAGCUUCCAGGUACAUUCCUAAGGAUCAAACUUGUAUAACAACAAUGGUGCAAGGAACUCUAGGAUAUAUGGAUCCUACAUACUAUUGUAGUGGCCGGCUAACCGAAAAAAGUGACGUUUAUAGCUUUGGGGUAAUUCUUAUUGAACUGCUUACAAGGAAGAUGCCAAUUACAUAUAGAUCCUCCAAUGGUGAUGGCCUUGUUGCGCAGUUCCUUGAACUACUUGCCAAUUGUAAAUUGGUUGAAAUACUGGAUCCACAGGUCAUGGAUGAGGGAGGUGACCAAGUUGAAAAAGUAGCUGCUCUAGCCAUGUUGUGCAUAAAACUAAGAGCAGAAGAGCGACCUACAAUGAGGCAAGUGGAGAUGACUCUUGAAGGUCUCCAAUCACCGAAGGAGCACAUACUGCAAGAUUUGCAAGCAGGAACAAAAGUGGGGACUCAUUUGGCAAGAAUAUAUUCAUCAACUAUAGGAAACAUAAGCUCGGUGGAUGUGAGCAGGCAAUAUAGUCAAGAAGAAGAGUUCAUGUUGUCUGCAAGAUAUCCACGAUAGUGAGUUCUUGUGCACAUGUGUGUUGGAUAAGUUCAUACAAUGUGUGU